CCCGCUCUUGUGCUGAACAAGGCCAAUGUCAAGGCGGUUUAUUCUCGUUCGAAAGCUACCGCGUCUACUCUUGUGGCGGAGGCAACGAAGCUUGGUAUCGGUAAUCUUGACCUUUACUCCGAAGACACUCCUGGGCACACGCUCGAUGAUUUGCUCAAACGUAGCGACAUUGAAGCGGUCGUCAUUGUCUUGCCGAUUUUGGUACAACCAUCGAUUGUCCGACGCUGCCUAGCCGCCGGCAAGCAUGUGUUGUGCGAAAAGCCAAUUGCCAAAGACGUGGCGACCGCCCGCGAAUUGAUCGAGGACUACAAAAAGUUAUAUGCAAGCAAAGGACUUAUUUUCAACAUUGCCGAACAGUUCAGGUUUAUGCAUGAGUUUGAACGGGGUCGAGAGUGGGUAGUUGAUGAACAAGCCAUCGGCGAUAUUACCCAAGCGCAUCUCAGGAUUUGGCGGCACCAGCCUCCCGAAGGAAAAUGGUAUGAGACGCCAUGGCGAAAAGUUCCUGAGUAUCAAGGAGGCUUUUUGCUGGAUGGUGGGGUGCAUCAAACGGCCAUGCUUCGUUUCAUCUCAGGCCAAGAGGUUGUCGAGACGGCUGGAUUUGCCCGUCAGGUAUUGCCUCACCUUCCACCUCUCGACACUCUCAAUGCCGGCAUUUUGCUCAGUGGUGGAGGAACUGGGACGAUAUCAAUGUCUUUUGCUUCGAUUCGACGAGCUACUGAGCUUACAAUCAUCGGAUCCAAAGGCAGCUUCUCCCUAACGGAUGGUCCCGACGGCUCCACGUUGUCACUUGAUCUCGCUACGGGAGAGAGGAGGUCAGAGACUAUAAGAAGUAAAGGCGUGGAGCUGGAGAUUAAAGCUUUUCUAGAGGCCAUAAAGGCUGGGAAAUCGGAGAAGCGGGCUGGUCCGGAGGAAGCCCUGAAUGACUUGGCGAUCAUAGAGAGUAUGUGCUCAGGGGGGGGCAAAGUACAACUGUACUAG